AUGCCCCAGUUGUUUGCUCCGGCAAGGACGAAGACGAAGCCAAGGCCGACCCAGCCGAAGUUGCCGAACUCAAGAAGAAGGUCGACGAUCUCGAAGAGAAGGCCAAGGAUGCCGACGAUCUCAAGAAGAAGGUCGACGAUCUCGAAGACAAGCUUAAGGAGCUUGCCGACAAGAAGAAGUCCAGCAGCAGCAGCGACAACAGCAACGACGAAGAUGAAAUCAGCCCAGAAGCCAAGACCACAUUAA